AUGCCAAAUUCAAUUAUAAACCCCGUUUUAUCAAACCAUAGACAAAUUUUUAAUAAUAACCGCGAUAAAGAAGUUGAUGUUGAUAAACCUAAUUAUUUAACAUCAACUCAUCUGCCAAGUAAUAUUAAAAAGAGACAGAAGAAGAAGAAAGGAGACGAGUCAAAUCUUAUUGGAAAAAUUACAAAUUACAUCAGCCAACAAAGCAAAAAUCCUAAUAAUGAUGAAAAAAAACCAACCUCGACAAUACAAGGCCCGAGUUAUAAUAAAGUUUACAACAAUACCAAUUUUGUUGGUUCAUUUUCAAAGCUUUAUAUUAACAACGAUGAACCACAACCUUCAAAUGAUUCUUCGAUAAAUUUCCAUCACCCUCCAAAUUGGUCAAAUUCUACUGAUACUUUAUCAACAUCAUCGUUAAAUUCAGAUAAUGUCCCUCCGUGGGAUUCGCCUACAGCUUUUAAUUCCAGAAAUCAAUCUGUCGAUUAUUCCAACAUUAAUGACGGUGAAAAUGAUAUUAAAAGACGUGAAAAAGAUUUAGAUCCUGAAUUAUCAUUAUAUUUACGUUACCAACAACAUCUAGAAGAGGAAACAAAAGAUUACAUAAUUUCAAUACUUCAAAGGGAGGAUUUAGACUUGCCAGAGAUUGAAAUAUGGUUAAAUCUAUUAAGCUGGGGUAUCUCAAAUACACCAAGGUUAAACGUGUAUAAUGACGACGAUAAUGAUGAAUGUUAUUACCAUCAUUACGACAUGUCAAAAUGGAUGAAAGACGAUUUCAGAGAACUAAGGGAGACUUUGAAAAAUUGCAUUAAAUGGAUAAGAUUUUUUCAAAUCGGUCCACAAGAAUUCGCGAAAUAUGUUUUGCCAUUUAAGCGAAUCUUACCAAAAGAUAUUGUCAGUAAUUUUCUAAGGCAACAAAUUACCGGCCACAUGCCAAUUUUUUCUAUUAAUUUACCGCCAAGAAUCCCUUCAACUGAUAUCGAAUCAACUAUAAUAGCUGGAAGACAUGCAACUAUUAUAUCAAACUGGAUAAAAUCGCCAAAUGAUCCAACACUAGGCUACGAUGAUCGUCCAUUAUCGGGAUUAAAUUCAUUUAAUUUGUUAUUUAGAGCAACUAGAGAUACUUUAACUAUGGAAAAUUUAUAUUCAAAAUGUCAUGAUAAAGGCCCAAUAAUUAUACUGGCGAAACUUUGUAAUUCGAAUUGUAUUGUAGGUGGUUAUAAUCCAUUAAAUAAUUGUUUUGAAAAUAUGAGAAGACGAUUAUCAACUUCGCAUUCAUAUUCAUCUUUACCAUCAACCAAAUCCAGAUCAUCGAAAAGAUUUUCCAUCAGUAGCUAUAAUACUAUUAAUAGUUGUCAUCCGGAAAAUAAUUCUAUAGUUAGUAGAAUUUUACCAGAAUUUGAAAAUAAAAGAUUCAAUCAUAAAAGGCAUCCAAACAAUGGAUUUUAUUUUGGUGCUGGUCCUGAUUUAUGGAUUAACAUUGAUUAUAAAGAUAAAAUUGUCAAAAAUUCUCCCCUCUCUUACGAACAUCGAAUUUUAGAUUCUUCUGGAAUUUUUAUAUGGGAAGAUUUUGAAGUAUUUCAAGUUGUAAAAAAUUGA